GUUUCAAAACGUUCGGGGCGUGCUAUCCGCAUGCCUCAACGGUUCAUCGACUACCUUCCUGGCUCAGACAUACCUCUGGCACACAUGACACAGCAGCCCACACAUCACCCAUCUCCUCCACGACUUCGAUCGGAGCCUUCUGACCAAGGUUUGCCAUCUAUUGACCAACCACUGGCUGAGUUAUUCGAGACAGAGCCUGAUUCUAUGGGACUGUAUCGAAUCUACCCGACACGCCCCACAUUUAUUCCCCCCAACGACUCAUCGCUCAUCAAUUGCACAGAUGCACCAACACUAGAGGGAGAACGGGUGACAGAGUCAUCUGCGUCUACAGGAUUUGCUCCUCCUGAUGUCGACGAUGAUCAUAUUUUCGAUCCGUUUACUAAUCCGACGUGCGGGUUGAUGAUGACUUGGCGCUAUACCGGAACCAACGAGAAGUCUGAUGCAGAAGAUGUCCCCGGUUUCAAUUGUGCUCGUGAGUCCAAACUAAUGGAUGCAUACCUACAAGACAAGACAAAUCCACUGCGAGAAGAAUUCGGCUGGCGUCAGUCGACAGUCACAAUACGCCUCCCCAAAGAACACCAGACCUGGCCAUCCGAGCAGCAUGCACCAGAACUUGAGGUGCCGGGCGUAUAUCACCGCUCUCUUACAUCAAUCAUCCGUUCAACAUUCGAGGAUGACAUUUCGAAAACAUUCCACAUGACACCCUAUUCUCAGUACUGGAAGGCUUCCGACACAAAAACUGUUCAAGUCUUUUCAGAAGCUUAUUCCUCUCCUACGAUGCUUGACGCUUAUGCCGAGAUCAAUGCUAUUCCCCGUGAAGAAGACGACGAUCUCGAACGUGUACUGGCACCUCUCAUGAUGUGGUCCGACGCAACUCAUCUUGCAAGUUUUGGAGACGCUUCACUGUGGCCAUUCUACAUGUACUUUGGCAACCAGUCCAAGUACACGCGAGGGAAGCCAACAUCGUCUGCAUGUCACCAUGUGGCCUAUAUUCCCUCGCUUCCCGAUAAUCUCCAAGACAUAUACGUUGACAUCUUUGGCGAAGGCACAACGGACCAGGUCCACACGUUUCUCAAGCGCGAACUUAUUCAAGCGAUCUGGCGGCUGUUACUAGACGGGGACUUCAUGCACGCAUAUGAGCAUGGAAUAGUCAUUCGCUGUAGCGACGGAAUCACACGUCGUGUCUUCCCCCGAUUUUUCUCAUAUUCUGCAGAUUAUCCAGAGAAGUAA